AUGCAGUUGGAGGACGUUGCGGAGUAUCUCCCGGAGAUCUCUUGGACAGGGUUCCUGGGUGUGGGAGUCGCUCUGCUAGCCACGACCAUUGCCUUCCUCGUCCAGCGGUUCGAGCUGCUCGGUCUCCUCUUCAGGAAGGUGGAGAAGGACUCGGAGAGACACGGGGGGGAGCUGGUGGCCGCCGUACUCAGGGCACACGGGGUCAAGUUCGUCUUUACGCUGUGCGGGGGGCACAUUUCCCCCGUCCUUGUCGCCUGCGAGAAAGAAGGGAUUCGAGUGGUGGACACGAGGUUCGAGGGGAACGCCGCGUUUGCCGCUGAUGCCGUGUCGCGUCUCUCCGGCGUGAUCGGUGUGGCUUGCGUUACGGCAGGGCCCGGCGUCACCAACACCGUGACGGCUCUCCAGAACGCCAAGAUGGCCGAAUCACCCGUUCUCCUGCUCGGAGGAGCGUCUGCUAACGCACUAAAAGGUCGCGGAGCUCUCCAAGACAUCGACCAGCUGUCCCUCUGCAAGACGCUCUGCAAACACGUCGCCACCGUAACGCGGGUCCGGGAUAUUGUCCCCGCGUUGCGUAAGGCCAUCUACGAGGCCCAGAGCGGCGUGCCCGGACCCGUGUUUCUGGAGCUGCCCAUAGACGUUCUCUAUCCGUACAAGCUAGUCAGCGAUGGACUGUUUCCGAAAUCUCCAGCCAAGUCUUUCGGUCAGAAAAUCACCAACUGGUAUCUGGAGAAUUAUCUCAAUCGAUUGUUUGCCGACGCCUGGGUCGACCAGAGCCUUACCCCCAUUAUCCCCCACUUCCCCCGACACACCCCCAACGACAUCACCGAGGUAGCAAACCUGCUCCGCGGGUCCCAGAAACCGGUUUUCCUUCUGGGAAGUCAGGUGACUCUACCGCCGACAAAAGCCCAGAACGUGAAGGCGGCACUAGAAGCGAUGGGGAUUCCGUGUUUCCUUGGUGGAAUGGCUCGCGGUCUGCUGGGACGGAACAGCGCCCUCCACAUUCGACAGCGGAGAAAAGACGCUCUCAAAGAGGCCGACGUCGUUGUCUGCGCUGGCGCAGUGGCAGACUUUCGUCUCAGCUACGGUCGAGUCUUCAAGCGCUCGAGCCAAGUCGUUAUGGUGAACCGAUCGAAAUCCAACCUUACCAUGAACACGGACGUUUUCUUCAAAGUGCGAAAGAGCGUUCACGGUGACCCGGGAUGCUUUAUUCUCGCACUAUCGCAGGCCCUGACCAGGUUCAGCUGCCCGAGCGAGUGGCUUUCGACGCUCAAAUCUCGCGACUUUGAAAAAGAAGCGGAGAACCGCAAGAAAUCCCGCAACCUCCCCCAAGAGCAUCUGAACCCCCUCAACGUUCUGUACCUAACAGAGGAGGUUAUGAGCGAAAACAGCGUCAUAAUCGCAGAUGGUGGGGAUUUCGUCGGAAGUGCGGCGUACAUUCUCCGACCUCGUGGCCCACUUUGCUGGCUCGAUCCGGGGCCCUACGGAACUCUCGCGUUGGAGGAGGCUUUGCUCUGGGUGCCAAGCUGUGCCGACCUGAUUCGGACGUGUGGAUAA